AGAGCCUCGGCUGACCGCGGAACCCGGGGGUCACUGACAACGCAUGCGCCGGGAGGGAGCGCAAUCACGGACUUCUCUUGCGGCUACCGCUUUAAAAAAGGAAACCCCGGGCAGCGAGAGCGCGAAGUAAAUCUGGCCGCCGCCGCGUGCGCGCACCCGUGAAAGAAAAGCACAAGAAGAAACUUUUACAGUCAUUUUGAUUUGACUGGUACGCUGAUCCCCCAAAUCAAAGUAAAGGUUAUCAUAAGCUACCCUCCAUAAGAAGGUACUGGUCAAAUGAUGAAGAUUUGGGUAUAUGCAUCAAAAAUGCAGUGUCAAGAAAUCGUUUCCAGGAGCUGAAAAGUACCAUACAUUUUUGCAACAAUAAUGAAUGGCAAGAGAAUUUUGAAGAUAAAGGUUUUAAAAUUCAUCUUCUAAUAAAUAAGAUACAAAAGUCAUGCAUGAACUUUGGUAUCUUUGAAGAAUGUUUGCCAGUGGAUGAAAUGGUUAUCAGAUAUCAUGGACCCAGUUUGCUGAAACAGUUUAUAAGAGAAUUUUGAGGCUGAUGGUCAUAUAGAAGAAUCCUUGAACUUAUAGUUUUCUGAAGAAUCAGUUCAAAAGAUCCCCAAAGUACAAAAGGAGAAGUACAAAUGUCUACCACAAGACGAAAACGUAAUAUGUUAUGUUGUUUACCGUAAGCUGUAGUAAAAUGAGCUCAAUUGUUGACAGAGAUGACAGUAGUAUUUUUGAUGGGUUGGUGGAAGAAGAUGACAAGGACAAAGCAAAAAGAGUAUCAAGAAACAAAUCUGAAAAGAAACGAAGAGAUCAAUUUAAUGUUCUUAUUAAAGAACUGGGAUCCAUGCUUCCUGGUAAUGCUAGAAAGAUGGACAAAUCUACUGUUUUACAGAAGAGCAUUGAUUUUUUACGAAAACAUAAAGAAAUCACUGCACAGUCAGAUGCUAGUGAAAUUCGACAGGACUGGAAACCAACAUUCCUUAGUAAUGAAGAGUUUACACAAUUAAUGUUAGAGGCUCUUGAUGGUUUUUUUUUAGCAAUCAUGACAGAUGGAAGUAUAAUAUAUGUGUCUGAGAGUGUAACUUCAUUACUUGAACAUUUGCCAUCUGAUCUUGUGGAUCAAAGUAUAUUUAAUUUUAUCCCAGAGGGGGAACAUUCAGAGUUUUAUAAAAUGCUCUCUACCCAUCUGCUGGAAAGUGAUUCAUUAACUCCUGAAUACUUAAAAUCAAAAAAUCAAUUAGAGUUCUGUUGUCAUAUGCUUCGAGGAACAAUAGAUCCAAAGGAGCCAUCUACCUAUGAGUAUGUGAGAUUUAUAGGAAAUUUCAAAUCUUUAAACAGUGUAUCUACUGCUGCACAUAAUGGUUUUGAAGGAACCAUACAACGCACACAUAGACCUUCUUAUGAAGAUAGAGUUUGUUUCGUAGCUACUGUCAGGUUAGCUACACCUCAGUUUAUCAAGGAAAUGUGUACUGUUGAAGAACCCAAUGAAGAGUUUACAUCUAGACAUAGUUUAGAAUGGAAGUUUCUAUUUCUUGAUCACAGGGCACCACCCAUAAUAGGAUAUUUGCCAUUUGAAGUUUUGGGAACAUCAGGCUAUGAUUACUAUCAUGUGGAUGACCUAGAAAAUCUGGCAAAAUGUCACGAACACUUAAUGCAAUAUGGGAAAGGCAAAUCGUGUUAUUAUAGGUUCCUGACCAAAGGGCAACAGUGGAUUUGGCUUCAAACUCAUUAUUAUAUCACUUAUCAUCAGUGGAAUUCAAGGCCAGAGUUUAUUGUUUGUACUCACACUGUAGUAAGUUAUGCAGAAGUUAGGGCUGAAAGACGACGAGAACUUGGCAUUGAAGAGUCUCUUCCUGAGACAGCUGCUGACAAAAGCCAAGAUUCUGGGUCUGAUAAUCGCAUAAACACAGUCAGUCUCAAGGAAGCAUUGGAAAGAUUUGAUCACAGUCCAACCCCUUCUGCCUCCUCCCGGAGUUCAAGAAAAUCAUCUCAUACAGCAGUCUCAGACCCUUCCUCAACACCAACAAAGAUCCCAACAGAUACUAGCACUCCUCCCAGACAACAUUUACCAGCUCAUGAAAAGAUGGCUCAAAGGAGAUCAUCAUUUAGUAGCCAGUCCAUAAAUUCCCAGUCUGUUGGUCCAUCAUUAACACAGCCAGUGAUGUCGCAAGCUGCAAAUUUACCAAUUCCACAAGGCAUGUCCCAGUUUCAGUUUUCAGCGCAGCUAGGAGCCAUGCAGCAUCUGAAAGACCAGUUGGAGCAACGGACACGGAUGAUAGAGGCAAAUAUUCAUCGGCAACAAGAAGAACUAAGGAAAAUUCAAGAACAACUUCAAAUGGUCCAUGGUCAAGGGCUGCAGAUGUUUUUGCAGCAGUCAAACCCUGGGUUGAACUUUGGUUCUGUUCAGCUUACUUCUGGAAAUUCAUCUAACAUCCAGCAACUCACACCUGUAAAUAUGCAAGGCCAGGUUGUUUCUACUAACCAAAUUCAAAGUGGAAUGAAUACUGGACAUAUUGGUACAAGUCCGCACAUGAUACAACAACAGACUUUACAGAGUACAUCUACUCAGCAGAAUCCACAAAGUGUACUGAGUGGGCACAGUCAGCAAACGUCUCUUCCCAGUCAGACGCAGAGCACUCUUACAGCCCCACUGUAUAAUACUAUGGUGAUUUCUCAGCCUGCAGCUGGAAGCAUGGUCCAGAUUCCAUCCAGUAUGCCACAGAACAGUACCCAGAGUGCUGCAGUAACUACAUUCACUCAGGACAGACAGAUAAGAUUUUCUCAAGGUCAGCAACUUGUGACCAAAUUAGUGACUGCUCCUGUAGCUUGUGGGGCAGUCAUGGUACCUAGUACUAUGCUCAUGGGUCAGGUGGUGACUGCCUAUCCUACUUUUGCUGCACAACAGCAGCAGGCACAGACACUGUCAGUAACGCAGCAGCAGCAGCAGCAGCAGCAGCAACAGCAGCAGCAACAGCAGCAGCAACAGCAACAGCAGCAGCAGAGUUCCCAGGAACAGCAGCUUCCUCCAGUUCAGCAACCAUCUCAGGCUCAACUGACUCAAACACCACAGCAGUUUUUACAGACUUCUAGGUUGCUCCAUGGGAAUCCUUCAACUCAGCUCAUCCUCUCUGCUGCGUUUCCACUACAACAGAGCACCUUCUCUCAGUCACAUCACCAGCAACACCAGUCUCAGCAACAGCAGCAACUUAGUCGGCACAGGACUGACAGUUUGACUGAUCCUUCUAAGGUUCAAUCACAGUAGCACAAGUACUUCCUCCAGCGCCAAAGGAGGAAGGUGGUGGUCCAUAAAUGUUUCUCAGAUGACCUGAGGUUAGGAGGAAAAGUUCCAGAAGUUUCAUGAGAUACAGUAUUGAGUGUUCUAGUUCCUGGAAUUAGUUGGUAGGGAAAAUGUGCCUAGUGCUAUAGAUGUACGUUAAAUACCAGCCAGCAGAAGAUGAUCAUAGGGACAUAGCCAAUUCUGACAGUGUUUCAGUUGCCCAGAUAUUUUUUGAUGGAAAAAGAGUAUAUUGCCAAAUGUUAAGAAGCUCAGCUAUGAAAUGACCUCCAGUGAAUGAGAAAGGCACUAACAAUGUUAGUCACUUCUAGUGGUCUGUGCCUGUUACCAAGUGUUACAGAGGACACACCACUGCCAUGUCAGGGGUUUGCUUACAAUGAUGCCAUGAAGAUAAUCUAGUAGUCAAUAGCCCCCACCUUAAGCCCCUCUCCCUUUUCAGAUAAUGAUGGAACAGUAAUUUCAGAAUGUUGUGUGGAUUUAAAUUUUUUGUGUACAGAUACUGUAAAAAUAUGUAUAUGUCUGGAUGAAGGAGAGAAAGCAAAACAUUGUGUAAGCUGCAUGAAAGCAUUCUCUCUUCCAUAUGAGUACAUUUCAUUAGAUUCCGACACCAUGUACAAACUGAUACAUCAGUCUCUGUUUUUCCUUUUGUUUACAACAUAAUAGUGUUCUAUUCACUUUUCCAGGGCACAAGUCUUUUUGUUCAUACUUUGGCUGUGAUGUCACAGUUUGUUCAGUGAGGUAUGAUGUGCUGCUGGGAAUGGAUUUUUUUUCAGGUUAAAUUAUUGAUACAACAAGACUUUCAAGUUAUUCAGAAAUAUCCCUCAUUUCAUUAUUUUUGUUUGAAAAUAGGAUUUGCACUGCUUUAUUUUAGAUGGUUGGGAGUUUGAUCACAUAUUUUGAUAUAUUUCAUUGUUGCAAAUAUUUAUGUAAAUGGUUUUCAACAAGCCUGAAAGUAAUUUCAAGAAUGUUUCAGUUAUAGGAAUAAAAUUUGCACACAAACAUAGGCACUUUUUAACAUUCCCAAUGGUGGGAUUUUUAACUUUUAGGAUUUGUUGGAAUCUUUUUAUUAUCCUUCACAAUUUCAAUGCUUCUUUUAGUCAGAAAUGAUUCAGGGUUAUUUGAGGGGGGGGAAACCCAUAGUGCCUUGAUUUUAAUUCAGGUGAUAACUCACCAUCUUGAACUUGUCUGGUUUCAGUAGCAGUUUUUGAAACCUUAGUACAUUUUUAACAGCAUGUGGGCGUCAGUGUCAUUAUUCUCCUAAGUUCCUAUGAAGACUGCUGUGAGUCUUUUGGACUGGGGUACAAAUAAUUUAGAAAUAAAAAAGAUGACAACCUAACACUACACACUUUAAAGGUUCCCAAAUUUGUUUCCUAAAUUAAAUAGUCGCUGGGCGUGGUGGUGCAUGCCUAUAAUCCCAGCAGCUAGGGAGGCUGAGACAGGAGGAUUGCGAGUUCAAAGCCGGCCUCAGUAAUGGCAAGGUGCUAAGUAAUUGAGUGAGACCCUGUCUCUAAAUAAAAUAUGUAAUAAGGCUGGAGAUGUGGCUCAGUGGUUGAGCACCCCUGAGUUAAAACCCAGGUACCCCUCCUCCAAAAGAAAAGACCCCCCAAAAAAACCUAACAAAACAAAAAACCCUAAACAGUCAUUUAAGAAUUACCAGUAAAUAUUGGCUCAAUAUAAUAUUGAUAUUUUUACCCAAAAAGGGCAAGUAUUGGCUUUGCCUUCACUACAUUGGGAUAUUGUAACUCACAUGCUUUGUAAACAUGAACUAAGAUUUCAUCUGGCAAUAUCAUGUUCUAAAGGUAAUAAAUUUCAACACAAGUUACAUAUAUUAAAAAUAGUAAUUUUUUAGAUUUUAUGGUACUAAUACUGAAAUUUACAACUAUAGAACAAAAGAUUAGUGGAAAUUUCUUAUUAUAAUAUAAAAAAUUAUUGCUAAAAAAGGGGAGGACAAAUGUAAUAAAUCAAAAUUGACCUUAAAAGAAAAUGUAACAGAACUGAAGUUGUUAAACUGAAAUGGUUUUGUGCAAUGAAAAUCACCUACUGCAGAAGUACUAGAUAGAAGGCUCAGGGGAAUGCCAAGUCAGUUCUGUCCUUAGCUUUGCUAUUAUCCUUGAGGGACAUAUUGUUUUUCUGUAACAAAAACAAAACCAUAACUGUCUAUAAUUAAAUUAGAAAAUUAAUACUGUAAAAGAAAACAACCAAAGAAAAUGGUACUUACCCUUCUACAAAAGAAGUGUGACUAGAUACCAGUUAGUAAUUAACAUAUCAUGGAGUUCUAGCUAAAUGAUCAUCCAGAAGAGAUUCCUGACAUUCCCAUGAAUGUCAAGAAUGGUUGUCAGAAUGUGUGUACCUGAGCAUACGUGCACAUGGCAAAAUCAGUGUUGUAAAAUAUGGCAAUAGCAUUGCUUUUCUCCCCUUCCAAAUUGCCUUUCUUGACCUUAUGCCAUUCCGUAUAAAUCUUGAGUUGUGCCUCAUUUAUUUAUUGGCAAUACCUAGUGAUAAGGACUUAGCUAACAAAAGAUAUGAACUAUUAUGUUAAGGCUUGCCCUCUAAGUACCAUACUUAAAAGAAAGAUUAUGAACUAUGAAUACCAUGUACUCAACAGAAGCAAAACAGGCCACAAAGUAAAUCUGAAGAUUGUUUGUUUAACUCACAUUCUUCAACUCUUAACUUCUUUAAAUAUUUUCCAUCUUAACUGAAUAUUUGGGGAAGAAAAAAAAUUUAUGUCACAAUUCCUGUUGUUCUUCAUGAUUCAUCUUUUUCCUGCUUGAAAUUUACAGUUGCUAAAUUUAAAGAAGCAGCCAUGCUUUUCCUUUGCUGUCAGUAUGGAGUAUUAUGUUGGAAAAACUGGUCAGCAGAAGCUGCCCCUUCUCUACUUUGGUUUCCUUGUGCUUCUCCUAAAUUUGAGUUGCAAGGCUAGUCCCUGUCCCCUUCCUUCCCUGUGAGACUUAAGCAUUGAGAGGGAGAUUCAGCAGUUGUCUGUUCUGUAUUCCAUUUUCAUAGCCAAAGUUGUUAAUUCAAAUCCCAAACCUAAAUCAUGAAAAGAUACCAAAUGGAACCCUUUUCAGCUUCCCUCUGCUUUACUCUCACAGGGAUUCAGUUUCUCUUAAAAACAUUUUAUUCUGGGUGGCACUUUUUAGAUAAGAAACUGUGGAGAUAAAGGAAAGAUGCCAGCCCCCCUGCAGUUAUCUUUCUGUGGACUAUUGGGGCACAGUGUGAGCCAGUAUUGCCUAGCAAAUACAAAUGAGAACCGCAGGGAUUAAUAAAGUUGCUGCUGAGAGUAAUGUCACACCAGAACCUAGACACUUGAAAAGUACUUGUUUUUGUUUUGAGUUUAAUAUGGGCAGAAAAGUAAAUGUGGUGAAUGGGGUGGAAGGGGCAGUAUAGUGUGAAAGUAAAUACAGUUCAGUUUUCCGAACUACAUCCUAAAUUCAGGGGGUAAUUUUAGAGUGAUGUGCUCUGCUUUGUCACUUAGAUGUGGCUUAGGAAUGUACUAGUAAUAAAAGGAUGCCAGUGAUCUUGACUAGUUUGUUAGAGAAUAUUUAGUGCAGAAUAGUGUGUGUGUUUGAAUUCUUCAGAUGUGCUGUAGUUGUUGGUUGUUGCCUUAAAGCAGUCUCUUAAAGUUAGGAGCACUGAAGCAGUCCAGCUCUGUAAAGGGCAUUGUGUUGAAGGGAGCUAUGAACCCUUAUUCAAGAAGCCUUAGAAAAGGACCCUGAAAAUAGCCUAAAAAGGUAGAAAUUCUUUUCAACUGGACAUUAUUCUUUAUGUUUGAAAAUGUUUCCACUACAUUGAGGCAAACUUUUAAGUGGACUACAGAUAGCAUUUAACUUUAGUUUUUCUUCCUUUUUUAUUUCUUUGGUGAUUGAAGAUUUGUUUGAACAUUUGUGUAAAGCUCAUUCAAGUCUACAACCUUUCCUAUAUCUGUGGCCCUGUUCUUAGUCCCACAGGAGUCCACAUUGGAAAGUAUAAACACUGGAUAUUGAUAUUGCUGAGUGCAUCUAGCCAGGAGAAAGCUGAUUGGAACUUUUCAGUGGUGGAGAAAACACAGCACAAAGGCACUUGCCAUUUUAAUAGUGAUUUGGAGAGAGAGAUCUUUUUAAGUUUGUCUGAAUUGGGUGAGCAUUCUUUUAAAAGGAGCUUCUGAAGUCAUUGCAAAGGAAAAGAGUUGACUAUUUUUAUAGCAUAUUUAAUAUAUUUGUAUAUAACUAUGAGUAUAGUAGAAACCCUCCACAUGCUUCCCACUUUUCUAAUUUCCUCCCCUUUUUGCCAUAGCCCUAGUAUAGCCUCGUCCGCAUGGGUAAUGUGCCUAUUGUCAGCCUACCAAAAGAUAGUGCUGCUGCUUUUUGAGACAGGUGAGAAGACCAGACUCUCAUGCCUGGGGAUCCUUUAUAGGAGGAAUAGCACACACUUAACAUACUGCAGUCUAAAAGCAUCAUUUUGAAAUGUAACAAGCACUUUAUUGCAAUUAUUCAUUUUGAUAAAGUUUAUCUUAGGCAUUAACCAUUUCUAAAGGAUCCCCAAAUCAUCACUUAGGUGAAAUAAUAAAAUGACACAUUUCUGAGAAAUGUUUAGAUCCAGUGAACCGUAGUAGGUUUAUGGGAGUGAUCUCAAGAUAGCCAAAUGAACUCUUGACUUUUGUUUUGAAUGUGGUGGAAUUAAGAGACUGUAGAUGCCUAGUUCCAUUUAAACACUAUUGUAAACCUAUCUUGCCUAUUGUGUGGACACCAAAAGAGACCAAUGAGCCUGUUUAUUUUCAGAGGUCUAGGAAAAUUGCAUCCAUGUGAGUAGAUGUACUGAACUAAUCUAAAAGUGAUUGGUAGUGAUAUUUUAGAAUACAGUAAUUUCAAGAAUUAUUCUGAGUGUUUUAAAUGUGCCCUGAAAUGUUGGCAUGUCAUUUCAGCGUUUCCAUUUGAAUUCUCUUGUAAUAUUUUUGCACAAAAAGAACUGAGAAAAAGACUACUUUGGUUGAAGAAAAAGAAAAGUAUAAUUUGGUCUUAAUUUAAUGUCUCCUGUGGAAGCACUGGGGAUAAAUUUUGUUGGUAUAGUUAUUAAUUCAGGAUAUUUAAAACAGUGUUGAACAGCUCACCAGAAAUUAAGCAAACUUGGAUAUUUAAAAAUUAAAAUACUUUCUUUCCAUGUGACUGUUUUGCAUAGUUUUUUUUCCCCCCACACUGUCAUAACACUACAUUCCUUGUUUUUCUUAAAUAAUACUUUGCAGGUUUUGAUAUUUUGUACAAUGCCUGGUUUAUUCCUAGGGAAUGAUCUUUAGCAUAAUAGGAUAUAGUUUCUAACGAGACUAUUAAGUAAAAUUCCAUCUCCACCACCAGCAAACACUGAGGUGCUGCAUUAAAUGACAAUCAAAAUAGUAAGUAUUUAGAAAGUGGUUGAAAGUAAUUGCUUUGAAAGCAGUUCUCUGGGUUUCUUGAGUAAAAAAAUCAGCUAAAUAUAUUUAUUUAUAUUUUUAGGUAUCUUUGCAUUCUGUUUUCUCAUCCAUGAUUUAAGUGUCAUGUAUCUAAUUUGUGGUUGGUUGUUUUGCAUCAUCUUGUACUUGGAGAACUGGCUCUUAUUUGGGGCUGUUGCUAGCUCUCUUGAUGACUCCAUGAACAAUCCAAAUCUGUUUCACUGCAGGAUGGCAGUGGAGGGCCCAAAUUCAGAUGCCUCUACACUUCCCUCCUGCUCUCAAAUAAUUGAAGAAAAAAAAUUAAAAGGUAACUCCUUUAAACUCUGCUUUACAUAACUUGGAUCUUUUUCUAGUUUCACUUGCUGCCUUCUCCAUUUUACAGGCACUUUUUGUAUGAUUACGUCCCCAAAUACAGCCAAAGGCCAGUAUGACAGAACCAAUGGCAUGCAUUGCCUCUAUUUUGUCCAUUUCAAGUCAUGUUAGUAAAACAGCAUCUUCUAAUGGCUGUCAUUAUCAUAUCCACAUUAAAGUCCUUAAAUAUAAAUAGAAUAAUGUAUACACACUGAAAACUUGUACUACAAAAGUUUGCUGUCUUUAUAUAGUGUAGUGUUGCUUGAUGUUUUAAAAACAAACCAAACCUCCAUACACAGCAUUGUCCAAUAAAGCAGUGUUUUGAACAUUCUGAAGCCUAGCUAUUUGAGGAUUCUUCUUGCUUACAUGUAUUGGUACAUAAUCCUCCACAUUAGAGCUCCCAGAGUAACUUUGGAGUCCCAUAGGCUAGGAAUAGCACACACAGGGAUCCCUUAGAGAAUGUUAAUUAAAACAUGUCAACCACAUGUUGGUUUAAAUCAAAGAUAUGCUAUGUUUUCAAAUGCAUGCUUUUAAAUCUCUGAGCAAACAAACUGUGACAUCGCUUUAAGAAAUAACAUUCAAAUGUGUGUGUGUGUGUGUGUGUGUGUGUGUGUGGUGAGAGAGAGAGAGAGAGAGUUGGCUUGUACUGGUGCAGAUUCACUGCUGGCAAUGGUUGUGCCAGUACUAAGAAGCUAGAAUGUGGGGAAAGCCGUUAUCUUCAAAUUGAUAUGUACCUAGACAAUCAUCUUCAAGCAAAAAAGUUGUCCAGGAAAAAUUAAAAAAAAAAAACGGCUGUAAUUUAAACCAUUCUAGAAUUAUUUUGAAAUCUAUUUUACUAUGGUUUAAGUUAGGGAAGGGCCUCAGUAUGGCACUUUCAUAUUCACUCUGUGUGAAAAUCAAAACCCAAAGAUGAGUUAAAUCAGUGCUGUAUUGAAACCAGUUAGUGCAAAAAAAAAAAAGUUUUAUCUUUGUAAAUUUUUAAUUGUUUAACAUCAAGUGGUAGUUGUAAAAACACACACCAAAUUCUUUUCUAAUGUUCUAUGUGGUUCUUAGUGUGCUAUUCUUUAUUCUUGACAUUGCUGUCUGUACUGCUUGGUUCUUGGUUUUAAAAUAAAAAUGUAGACGUAGCCUGUCAUUCUUAUUUCCAAAAGGGUAGAGCUGUUAUUAAAUGGCUACUGAAUACCUUUUCUUCCCCAAAGCAAACAUUUAAAUGAAAUCCAAAUUAAUUUUCAAAAAUGAGACUUGGCAUUUUUCAGGUAUUGUCUCCUGCCAAAGUCCUAAAUUGCAUAGAAGCAUGAGGGAUAAUGAAUGGUUUCAAUGGUGCUAUAUUAGAGUCUUUGAUUUCUAUGAGCUAUGUUUGGAAAUAUUGUAUAAAAUAUGUGGAUCAUUUUGUUACCAACUUAAUAUUGCCAUCUUAAUUUUAUGUUACAAUUGGCUACACUCACUUUUCAAAGCUGUCCAUUAAAAAGAAAGUCAAAAUGUGUGACUAGCCUACAUCCACUCAGACUUCUUGCUCUGUGAUCAUUUUUCCAAGUUAUGAUGUGCAUAGGUUUUCAAAUCUAUAUGUACUCUUAUAAUGUUCUUUCCCAUAGAUUCUUGUAUAUUCAGAACCUAAAAUUAUAGCAAGAGAACCAAGCAGUAGUAUUGUGGAUUUUUUUUUUUUGUAAAUGUAAAAAUAAUUAGAUCCAGACUUUGUUUCCUUCUUCAAUUUUAAAAAUAAAAAAUACCUCAGUGCUAUGUUUUUCAGUAUCACCUGCAUUUCUCCAAAAGUAACAUCUGCUUUAUGUGGCACGUAACUUGUAAGAAUCACAUUUUGGAGUUUAAAGACUAUUAAAUAUUUUAAAAUCACCA